AUGCUAAAAGACGUUUCAGGUGUUUUAUACCUUGGCAGUAACGCUUUCCAUCUCCGUAAUGCCAGCCCUGACAAGCACAGUGGUUCAACAGACACUUUGCUUGUGGAUGGCACUGUCUGUCUGAAUGACAGUUACCUGCAAUAAAAAACAACGCAUUAUCUCGAUCCCUUAAAAUGAACUCAGAGCAGUAAUCUGCAAGAUGUACACUUGUCGCUCUUAAGAAUUUUUAGAGUUUUAAUUGUUCCCGUUUCUUGGAAUUUUUUGUUUAUUUGUUUUGGAGUUUGCCCCUCCAAAGUUUGAUACAGUCAAACAUGAACACUGCUUUACAGACACCCGCUUAAAACGGAAACCUCAUUAUUACGGUCAGUUUACUUUGUCCCUUGGGAAAAAAAUCCCUUACAUUUCUCUAAAUAGACCUCUUUAGCUUCUGUGUUUUGUUUUCCCAAAACAGGUCAUGUGAUAAUACUCUAGAGAACUGUUCCUCUCAAGUUUUGUCUAAUUCACGUGCAUAUCUGGGCAUAAUUUAUGAAAAGACAAAGGGCCAAGUUCCCCUGGGACCUCUACUGGAAAAGAAAACAUACAAGCUAAAGAGGUCUAUUCGAUCAGCCCGCUUUAUGCGGACACCCCGUUAAACUCCUGCUUACUCUUAAUGCGUGUCUGGCAACUUUGUGAGACCACAAGGGAAUACAAGCGAGUAAGGAGCUUGAAAAUUCAUAGUUUGCAGACCAAAACUUCCCUGAAAAUGCGUGCGAAUGUUACAAAUUAUAUUCCUUAACUUUAAUUCUAUAGGCGUAGGUGAGCAGCGUUAGGUUUAAUCGAGGAUUGGAGCAAGUUAAACACACAGUGCAACUCAGGAGGUCUUGCAAAAACCAAAGGGAAAAACAAACGCUCAAUACUUCCUACCCCACAUGAACGGCCAUAAUGAAUAAAAUGAGGUUUGAACUCUAAUGCCACUGCCAUUUGAUAAACGCAAACGGCUAUAAAAUUGCAAUAAUAAAUGUGUGAUCAUGGUUUAUUUUAUACGUGUACUUUGAGUUUGCCGACUUUUCACUUUGGCUUUGACUCAGAGUGUUUUAUAUUUCUUGUUAGUGUCCACCUCGAAGGAAAAAGAUGGAGAAAAAUUCCAAAAUUUAAUGAUUGAAAAAACAACGCAGUUCGAGGAACCAGGCUUUGAAGAGGCAUGCCUUCUUGCCUGUUAAAGAAAACCUUGACCUUAGCCAUUUCACAGCGGUGACCAACCCAAUCUUUGUUUGACAUGCUUUACUUCUUUGGGGGUAAACACUUUUUUCUCCCUCUUAUUUUGUGUUGCUAAUUUUGACAGUCAAUUGCUUAUGUGUUCUUGUGGUAUUUGCUGUUACUAUCAUGUUGAAAUAUAAAACUUUAACGCCCGAGCUUACUGUUAACAUGUUUAUACUACUGCACGAGAAAUUUCUGCAAUUUGAUUGGCUUGGAGCAGUGGUAUUUCAGCUUAAUUUGAAGUACUUACAUGUGAAAAUUACAAGCCUAUUGCGAGUAGUGGUAUAAACAAAUAAUAGCAUGAUUUGUACGAGAUAUUUGGCAUAAAUACCACUCGUGAUAUUUCAAAAUUGUCUCACAUUACGUUUAACAAUUUCGAAAUAUCACUACAAAUCAUGUUAUUACCUAUACUAAUAUAAAUGUAAAGAUCGCGCGUCUUGCUGUCCUCUUAUAUCAGACAUUAAGUUUUAGAUUAAAAAAACUCUCUAAAAGUUUUGAUAAGUGUUAUCCUUACCUCCCGAGACACUCUUAGGGUAUAUAAAAAGGACGCAACAAAAGACUCCAAGAACAAUGGACUUAGAUAGCCAACCCAUUCUGGACUAAGGCAUCAUUGCGGCAGUCUCCUCCAAACGUACUGCCAGGGUAGAUGGUGUUUAAGGCCAAGAUAGAAUGAAAGCACGACGCAUUCAAGCAAAGAAGUCUUGAUCAGGUUGCUUACAAUUACACGUCAUAAAUCAAUUAUAAUAAGCUGAUUUAGCAACAGAACGGGAACGUCUGUUGACGACUGCGCGUGCAAAUCAAACAACUACAUUGACCAAUGGCAGAGCGGCAAAUUGGGUACCGGAAGUCGAGUUUAGUCCUUUCCGCGCGCUUACCCGUCGUCAAAUGACGUUCCCGUUCUUUUGCUAAAUCAGCCUAAUGUCUUAGAACGACAGUAAUCCAUUGCGCGCGCACAAUACCUCCAUCUUACUUAAAAACAAUCAAGGCCUUUAUUGAUUUAUUUAAUUCUAUUCUUAAAUGAUCAGGUGUCAAAAAACACACGAGCGUUUAAUUGCGCUUAAAUGGAGUCGGAACUAAAUGUGGAAUUGUACAGAAAUGCAUCCUGCUGAUGAAUAGUCAGGACAUAUUUCGGAGCAGUAAUUUGCAAUUUGCAGAUUGCCCUAAUCCAAUUUUUGGAAGCUAUUUUAUAUACUGGUCAACAUUUUCAUUCUAGUAUACAGGUACGUGAGUGGGUCCACCAGCGCUUGGGUUGUCGUCGGUAAAAAGACUUAGGCGCACUUUCAGAACAAAAUAUCAAAUCCAACUCACCCUGCGGUGUUUUGGGGUUUAUCCCCGACCGGUGUUUACGGAGAGUGCCGUUUAGACUAACUCUUGAACAAAGUCGAACAACUUUCAAACAACUCUCAAAGUUACUUUUUCAUACCGGCAUUGCUCAUAUGGCCCGGAGUCCAUACUCGGCAGAUACGUGGAUAUGUGUCUGGAGAAAUAAGGGGUGUCAACCCUGUGUGAGAUUGAGGUCUUUUUAAACGGUAAGUAAAAUGGUGCUUUUUGUUAGCUUACUGUUAACAACGACCUCAACCUCAUACGGGGUCAAAACCCCUUUUGGCUUUUUUUUCGGUGUUGCGGAAACUAUUGCUGUUUAGCUGUUAUUUUUUAAUGUCGAUAUCUUUCUUUGGCUUUUUCAAUCUUUUGCCCAGUUUUCUCCAAGUGCUUAUGCACGUCUCUUUCUCUGCUUCUACCUCUCAAAGGGUUGGAAUUUGGCUUUCGACCUCUUUUCACGCCCCAUGUAAGAGAAUUCAAGAAACUCUCGGAUUUUGGAUUCAACUCCGUGGACUCCGGAUUCCAGGUACUUGAUUCCAGUCUUUUUCAGUGGAAAUCUGUUCCUCAAUGGGAUUCCGUAUUUCUUGCGCAGUAUUCCAGAUUCCAAAGCCCAGGAUUCCGGAUUGCGCAAGCAACAAUUCCCCGGUUUCAGGAAUCCGAAUUCCUUAAAUGGAGUGAAUAAUCUAAAACAAGAACUUUUAUUAAACAUGUUAAUCGUCUUCGAAAUUUGAAGAGUACCAGGCCCAUCUCGCUUUAGAGCUAAGCGGCUCGAGGUCUGGUGACGAUGAGGAUGGGGACGAUAAGGAGAAUGGACACAAAGAGGACUUUACUCCUUUCGAGGAAUUAAGAGAGAAGAACACAAAUGGUGUGGAAAUGAAAGAGGAAUUUGUUCCUUUCGGGAAGGAGCACGGCUCGAGGGAGAAUAGUGGAGGCGGGGAAAGCGGAAGCGGAAGUGGAGAAAGCGGAAGCGGAAGUAGAGACCACUUUGUUUCAUAUGACGAGGAAAAGAACAAC